GCCAGUCCUUAAAACGGGACUUUCGACUACGGGGGCUCGGCGUCCCUGACACCCCCCUCCCCCUGUUGCCCCUGUCCGCGCCCUCCCGAGCUGUUGGGCGCCCGGCGUCCCGCGCCCGCCUGCGCCGCUCUUGCUCUCCACGCCCGGGCCAGAGGCCGAGGAAGGCGGGCGAAGUGAGGGGGCGCGGCGUGGAGAAGCCGCCGUGGCCCGGAGCGGCAUCGAGCACCUAGUACCGAGAGCCAGGGACAGCAGGAGUUUGAAGAGCGCGGCCGCGGGGGGCGGACGGCAGCGCCCGCGCCGCGCGAUGCCGGGCUGCUAAGUGUGAGCCAAGCCGGGAGGGCCCCGAACCACCUACGUCCCCCUCCCCUCUCCCAUCUUUCCGGAGCACCCAAGCCCCCUUCCCCUGAGCUCGGCGGCAGCCCCUGACGACUCCCAUCGCCCGCCGCUCCUUCCCCGCCGCCGCCACCAACCCCGAGGAGGGAUGACCCUCUCCGGCGGCGGCAGCGCCAGCGACAUGUCCGGCCAGACGGUGCUGACGGCCGAGGACGUGGACAUCGAUGUGGUGGGCGAGGGCGACGACGGGCUCGAGGAGAAGGACAGCGACGCGGGCUGCGAUAGCCCCGUGGGGCCGCCGGAGCUGCGCCUGGACGAGGCGGACGAGGUGACGCCAGCGGUACCCCACCACGGGCAGCCUCAGCCUCCGCACCAGCAGCCCCUGGCAUUGCCCAAAGAGGCGACUGGAACCGGGGCUGGGCCAGGGGGCGAGGCGGGCGCUUCCGAAGCUGACGGCUGCAAGGGUGGCGUUGGCAGCGAGGAGGGCGGCGGGAGCGGCGGCGGGCCCGGCUCGGGCAGCGGUGCGGCGGGAGGCCUGGCCCCCAGCAAGCCCAAGAACAGCCUGGUGAAGCCGCCCUACUCGUACAUCGCGCUCAUCACUAUGGCUAUCCUGCAGAGUCCGCAGAAGAAGCUGACCCUGAGCGGCAUCUGCGAGUUCAUUAGCAACCGCUUCCCUUACUACCGGGAGAAGUUCCCCGCUUGGCAGAACAGUAUCCGCCACAAUCUCUCGCUCAACGACUGCUUUGUCAAGAUCCCCCGCGAGCCGGGCAACCCGGGCAAGGGCAACUACUGGACCCUGGACCCGCAGUCCGAGGACAUGUUCGACAACGGCAGCUUCCUGCGGCGCCGGAAACGCUUCAAGCGCCACCAGCAGGAGCACCUGCGCGAGCAGACGGCGCUCAUGAUGCAGAGCUUCGGCGCUUAUAGCCUGGCGGCGGCAGCAGGAGCCGCGGGGCCCUACGGCCGCCCCUACGGCCUGCACCCCGCGGCCGCGGCUGGCGCCUACUCUCACCCGGCUGCUGCGGCGGCAGCGGCUGCGGCCGCGGCGCUCCAGUACCCAUACGCGUUGCCGCCAGUGGCACCCGUGCUGCCGCCUGCCGUGCCGCUGCUGCCCUCGGGCGAGCUGGGCCGCAAAGCGGCUGCCUUCGGCUCGCAGCUCGGCCCGGGCCUGCAGCUGCAGCUCAACAGCCUGGGCGCUGCGGCGGCCGCCGCGGGCACGGCGGGCGCUGCGGGCACCACGGCGUCACUGAUCAAGUCCGAGCCGAGCGCGCGGCCGUCGUUCAGCAUCGAAAACAUCAUUGGCGGGGGCCCGGCGGCGCCCGGGGGCUCGGCGGCGGGCGCUGGGGGCGCCGGGGUAACUGGGGGCACUGGGGGCGGUGGGGGCGGCAGCGCAGCACAGUCCUUCCUGAGGCCGCCCGGGACCGUGCAGUCCGCGGCGCUCAUGGCCACGCACCAGCCGCUGUCGCUGAGCCGGACGACGGCCACCAUCGCACCCAUCCUGAGCGUGCCGCUCUCUGGACAGUUCCUGCAGCCAGCAGCCUCGGCCGCGGCUGCUGCCGCCGCUGCAGCGCAAGCCAAAUGGCCCGCUCAAUAGGGACGUGCCGGUGGCUGGGACCGAGGGCCGGGCGGCUGCCCGGGGCGGUGGCUGCACUUCUAGUCUGCGCGCCCCGCCCCGGGCCCGGCCCCCCUGCCCAAUCCCGGACUCUGCCUCUC